AUGACAGGUCGUUAUUUCACCACAAGCUACGCAACGGUGAAUGGCAUUGCGACGGCAGGAUCCGGAGUGGGCUUGAUUUCCUUUGCCCCGUUGACUCAAGUGCUUUUAGACACCUACGGCAGGCAAGGUGCCUUGCUACUGCUUGGGGCUAUAAGCAUGCAUCUUGGUGUGUGUGGCUUCCUGCUGAGACCCCCACCACCAUUAGCAGAGGGGCGGGGCGACUAUCUACCAAUCAUCUCAAGUGAAAAGGAGCCACUGGCAGACGAAUCAAAAUGUCAUGAGACUGUGAAGAAAUCCCGACUCCGUAUCCUGAAAGACGCCAUUAAGGUGCAGGGGAAACUUUUUGGCUGCGUAAUUUGCAGCCGUGGCGUAUUCUGGAUCUCGGCGCUCGUCUACGGCAACCAUGUCUUUGUGGACAGCCUGUGGCUAGUAUAUUUCGUCGCUUAUGCCGAGUCUAAAGGUUUCUCUGGGUACGAGGCUGUGACGUUCACCACGGCCGCAGGGAUAGGGAACCUGGUUAUUAAGAUUCUUCUUGGGUUGAUGGUGGAUAGAGGCUUACUGAAGCUUCGAUAUGCCCUGCUGAUAUCAGUCACGGCUUGCAGCUUGGCUCUAUCCACACUUCAGUGGGUGAACUCCUACUGGUUGAUGAUUUUCAACGCCACAAUCUUCAACGGCUUCAUUGGUGCGCAAGCCUCACUUAGUGACAUUUAUACCCGGGAACUGCUUGGAGCUGACGAACUGGUAUCCGCUUUCAGCUGGAUGGAUCUUCUAACGGCCAUCACCCAAAUCGCUUUCGGUUUCUUCCCUGGUUGGAUAUUCGACAAGACUGGAAGCUACGACAAGGCUUUUGUCAUCUUGGGAUUCAUCUCGCUUCUGCCGUUGGUGUCGCUGCUCGUGGAAUGGCUACUCAACCGACAAACAGAAGGCCUGAAAACAAUCUCAUAACCAUGGGUUAAAAUUUUAAAAACUUUGAACAGAUUUUUGAGCAUGGCUAUUCAAAUGUCUUCCUCUGCCCUUUUUCGAUAGAGCUUGUUUUAUGACAACCAAUAUUUUUUGAGACUCAUGAUGGACUGUUGUUUAAUCACAAACUAUGCCACGGCGAAUGGUAUACGGGCGAUUCACAAUGCAGAGUGCCACCACGCAGUUGCCAUGGAGAGGUUUUUCAUCGCAGUGCAUCAUGGGAAAACAUCAAUACGGCCCUAUACACUUACUGAAUUUCCCUGAAUUUUUGCAGGGUUCGGUCGAGUGACACUCACCAAAAGGGGUGUUUAACGUGAUUCGAAAUGCUUGUACAGGGCACAUCAAUGUAGUCCCUCAAGAUAGGCCUCACGGGAAGUUAAGGGAGAGAUGAGACAGUACCUCAAGGAUCCAGACAUCAGUGAUGAAGAAUCGCUUGAGAAGCUGAGCUUAGUUGCUAGUUUGGAAGAGAAGCGUGUCCCCCCAACCCAGGAUCAGUACUGUGUCCGCCUCAGAGGACGAGUCCAAGUCAAAGAUAGCAGAAAGUGAUCUAAUCAGUGAUCAAAGCAGAUCGCUGCUGGCCUGCAGGAAUUGACUGCCUGUGUUGCUUCACUCCGUGAAGCUACGAUUUCACCACAGUCACUGACUCCGAAGAGACACCUGGGGAGACACCUGCCAAUGGAAAGUCCAACUUCCA